CAACAAAUGAUUUCCGGCCCAUUGAGUGAUCCGUUGUUAGUCUGCAAGCAAGUGCAUGUAGGAUAUCAAGGAGCUAUGAAACAAAGUGAUUUAUGACAUGUUGUACUGAAAUUUGCUUUACGCGGUUAAAACAUGUCUAUCUCAAUGGAAACCCAGCUUCAAAGCAUAUUUGAGGAUGUAGUGAAAACGGAGGCAAUUGAAGAAGUCUUUGCGGGCAUGUUUACUGACACGCCGGAGGAUGAAAACACCAAACUCUCCACCUGCCUUGGAGCUUUCAGGCAUUACUGGGGCACACUACCACAGGACUCACAUGACCAGUGUGUGCAGUGGAUCGUCAGAUUCAUCCAUGGGCAGCACAGCCCCAAGCGCAUCUCCUUCCUGUACGACUGCCUGGUGAACGCUGUGCAGACCAGUCUGCUGACUCCCAGGAUGGUGUGUGUGGCUCUGAUAAGCUCAGACAGUCUGGAGUGGGAGAGAACUCAACUGUGGGCGCUCACCUUCAGACUGAUCCGCAAGAUCAUUGGAGGGGUGGACUACAAGGGAGUCAGGGACCUUCUGAAGGCAGUGCUGGAUAAGAUCCAGACCAUCCCUAACACUGUCAGCUCUGCUGUGGUCCAACAGCUUCUGGCUGCCAGAGAGGUGGUAGAGUAUAUUCUGGACAGGAAUGCUUGUCUGCUUCCUGCCUACUUUGCCAUCACUGAGAUCAGGAAGCUGUACCCUGAAGGCACGCUGUCACACUGGCUCCUGGGCAGUCUCUUGUCUGACUUUGUGGACAGCUUCAGACCCACAGCCAGGAUCAACUCCAUCUGUGGCAGAUGCAGUCUGCUUCCAGUGGUCAACAACUCUGGAGCCAUCUGUAACUCCUGGAAGCUGGACCCCACAACCCUCCGCUUCCCACUGCGUGGCAAUCUGCCCUUUGACAAGGACCUGUUUGAGCCCCAGACAGGACUGCUGCGCUAUGUUCUGGAACAGCCCUACUCCAGAGAGAUGGUCUGCAACAUGCUGGGCCUCAACAAGCAGACCUUGAACAUUGCUCAGCACAAACAGCGCUGCCCGGUCCUGGAGGACCAGCUGGUGGACCUGGUGGUGUACGCCAUGGAGCGCUCCGAGACCGAGGAGCAGUUCGACGACGGCGGCACCAGCCAGUUGCUAUGGCAACACCUCUCCUCCCAGCUCAUCUUCUUCGUGCUGUUCCAGUUCGCCAGCUUCCCCCACAUGGUGCUGUCUCUGCACCAGAAGCUGGCUGGGCGGGGCCUAAUCAAGGGGCGGGACCACCUGAUGUGGGUCCUCCUGCAGUUCAUCUCAGGAAGCAUCCAGAAGAACGCGCUGGCCGACUUCCUGCCCGUCAUGAAACUGUUCGACCUGCUCUACCCAGAGAAAGAGUGUAUCCCUGUACCAGACAUCAACAAGCCCCAGUCCACCCACUCCUUUGCAAUGACUUGCAUCUGGAUCCACUUGAACCGCAAGGCCCAGAAUGACAACUCCAAACUCCAGAUCCCCAUCCCCCACUCUCUCAAACUGCACCAUGAGUUCCUCCAGCAGAGUCUUCGCAGCAAGUCUCUGGGUAUGACGGACUACAAGAUCGCCCUGCUGUGUAACGCCUACUCCACCAACUCGGAGUGCUUCACCCUGCCCAUGGGCGUCCUGGUGGAGACCAUCUACGGGAACGGCACCAUGAGGAUCAGUCUGCCCGGCACCAACUGCACCGCCUCGGGCUCCGUCACCCCGCUGCCCAUGAACCUGCUCGACUCCCUCACUGUGCACGCCAAGAUGAGUCUGAUCCACAGCAUCGCCACGCGGGUCAUCAAGCUGGCCCAUGCCAAGUCCAGCAUCGCCCUGGCACCAGCCCUGGUGGAGACCUACAGCAGACUGCUGGUCUACAUGGAGAUCGAGUCUCUGGGCAUCAAGGGAUUCAUCAGUCAGCUCCUGCCCAACGUGUUUAAGUCCCACGCGUGGGGCAUCCUCCACACGCUGCUGGAGAUGUUCAGCUACCGCAUGCACCACAUCCAGCCCCACUACCGCGUCCAGCUGCUGUCUCACCUGCACUCCCUGGCAGCCGUGCCGCAGACCAACCAGAACCAGCUCCAUCUGUGUGUUGAGAGCACGGCACUCAGACUGAUCACGGCCCUGGGCAGCUCGGAGGUGCAGCCUCAGUUUACCCGUUUCCUUAGCGACCCCAAGACCGUCCUGUCAGCUGAGUCGGAGGAGCUUAACAGAGCACUCAUCCUCACGCUGGCUAGGGCCACUCAUGUCACAGACUUCUUCACAGGGUCAGACUCCAUCCAGGGCACCUGGUGCAAGGACAUCCUCCAGACCAUCAUGAACUUCACUCCUCACAACUGGGCCUCACACACGCUCAGCUGCUUCCCAGCACCCCUGCAGGCGUUCUUCAAGCAGAACAAUGUUCCCCAGGAGAGCCGCUUCAACCUGAAGAAGAAUGUGGAGGAGGAGUACAGGAAGUGGAAGUCCAUGACCAACGAGAAUGACAUCAUCACACACUUCUCCAUGCAGGGGUCUCCCCCCCUCUUCCUGUGUCUGCUAUGGAAGAUGCUGCUGGAGACAGACCACAUCAACCAGAUAGGCUUCAGGGUGUUGGAGCGGAUCGGGGCCAGGGCGUUGGUGGCCCACGUCCGGACGUUUGCAGACUUCCUGGUGUACGAGUUCUCCACGUCGGCCGGGGGCCAGCAGCUCAACAAGUGUAUCGAGAUCCUCAACGACAUGGUGUGGAAGUACAACAUCGUCACUCUGGACAGGCUGAUCCUCUGCCUGGCUAUGAGGAGUCACGAGGGGAACGAGGCCCAGGUGUGCUACUUCAUCAUCCAGCUGCUGCUCCUCAAACCAAACGACUUCAGGAACCGAGUCAGUGACUUUGUGAAGGAGAAUGCCCCGGAACACUGGCUGCAGAGUGACUGGCACACCAAGCACAUGACCUACCACAAGAAGUACCCAGAGAAGCUGUACUUCGAGGGUCUGGCGGAGCAGGUGAGCCCGCCCAUGCAGGUGCAGCCCCAGUACCUGCCCAUCUACUUUGGGAACGUGUGUCUGCGCUUCCUCCCCGUGUUCGACAUCGUCAUCCACCGCUUCCUGGAGCUGCUUCCUGUCUCCAAGUCCCUGGAGACGCUGCUGGACCACCUGGGAGGCCUCUACAAGUUCCACGACCGCCCGGUCACCUACCUGUACAACACGCUCCACUACUACGAGCGGCACCUGCGCGAGCGCACCAACCUGAAGAGGAAGCUGGUGCACGCCAUCAUGUCCUCCCUCAAGGACAACCGCACGCCCGGCUGGUGCCUGAGCGAGACCUACCUCAAGUGUGGCGUCAACCCCCGAGACGACAACGUCUGGAUCCCCGACGACACCUACUACUGCAAGCUGAUUGGGCGGCUCGUCGACACCAUGGCCGGCAAGUCACCUGGUCCGUUCCCCAACUGUGAUUGGCGGUUUAACGAGUUCCCCAACCCGGCGGCUCACGCGCUCCAUGUGACCUGUGUGGAGCUGAUGGCGCUGGCCGUGCCGGGCAAGGACGUGGGCAACGCCCUGCUGGCUGUGGUCCUCAAGAGCCAGCCACUGGUGCCUCGUGAGAACAUCACAGCCUGGAUGAACGCCAUAGGACUGGUCAUUACUGCCCUGCCGGAGCCCUACUGGAUCGUGCUCCACGACCGUCUGGUCAGCGUGAUAGGUUCCCCGGCCCUGACGGCCGAGUCAGAGUGGGUGGGCUACCCCUUCCAGCUGCUGGACUUCACAGCCUGCCACCAGUCCUACUCUGAGAUGUACUGCAGCUACGUGCUGGCCCUGGCCCACGCUGUCUGGCACCACUCCUCCAUAGGACAGCUGUCACUCAUCCCCAAGUUCCUGUCGGAGGUGCUGAAGCCGCUGGUGAAGACAGAGUUCCAGCUGCUGUACGUGUACCACCUGGUGGGACCCUUCCUGCAACGCUUCCAACAGGAGAGGACGCGCUGCAUGCUGGAGAUCGGAGUGGCGUUCUAUGAGAUGCUCCAGGCGGUGGACCAGCACAGUGAUCACCUCUCCUACAUGGACCCCAUCUGUGACUUCCUCUACCACAUCAAAUACAUGUUCACUGGAGACAGCGUCAAAGACCAGGUGGAGAAGAUCAUCCUGACGCUGCGUCCCGCCAUGAUGUUGCGUUUGAGGUUCAUCACUCACAGCAGCAAGAUGGAACCUGCUGCCCCCGCCCCCGCCGCUGUUUCCUCCCCCUCCACACAGGCCACGCCCCCUGGAGCCUCCAAUGUCCCCUUGUCUGUGGCCCAGUGAGGCUGGUUUACUGGCUGGUUGGCUUGCUGGCUGGCUGGCUGGUUGUCUGGCUAGCUAGCUGACUGACUGGCUGGUUUUCUGGCUGGCUGAUUUACUGGCUGACUGACUGCUUUGUAUAACCUGUAGCUUUCUAAUGUUAGAGUGUAUUUUUUAUUGCUGGUCACAAAGUGUUUUUGUUGUAUAAAGACUGUUGGAUUGGUCAGCGUAGCUGAUCUCUGGUCCCUCAUUGGUGGACUGGUCUUUGUUAUCACACGCAUCUAUGGUGUGCGAUUGGUCAAGAAAAAGACCUUGCCUUCUGACCCCACUGCCAAUCAUGAUGGACGUUACUCCAGUAACCAAUAAACACAUUUUAUAAUUAA